AUUUUCGUCCGUUUGUUAUCUAACAACCCGUAGCGUUAGCCUUCCUUUUCGUGAAGAAACCUUUUCUUAUCCUAUAAAUCCACCCCCAAAUCCAUCGUCUUCCUUCAUCCUGCAAUCAUCUUUAUCUUCAAAGCUCUGACUUCUUCAAUUCUCCCAAGAUGCAAAUCUUCGUUAAGACCCUUACUGGUAAGACCAUCACUCUCGAGGUCGAGAGCUCCGACACCAUAGACAACGUCAAGGCGAAAAUCCAAGACAAGGAAGGGAUUCCCCCAGACCAGCAAAGACUUAUCUUCGCCGGAAAGCAACUCGAGGACGGCCGGACUUUGGCCGAUUACAACAUCCAGAAGGAGUCCACCCUCCAUCUCGUCCUCCGUCUUCGUGGAGGUAUGCAAAUAUUCGUCAAAACUCUUACCGGAAAGACCAUCACUCUCGAGGUCGAAAGCUCCGACACCAUCGAUAACGUGAAAGCCAAGAUCCAAGACAAGGAAGGUAUCCCCCCAGAUCAGCAAAGAUUGAUCUUCGCCGGAAAACAGCUAGAAGACGGCCGUACCCUCGCCGACUACAACAUCCAAAAGGAGUCAACCCUCCAUUUGGUCCUCCGUCUCCGUGGUGGCAUGCAGAUCUUUGUGAAAACCUUGACCGGAAAAACCAUCACCUUGGAGGUGGAGAGCUCCGACACCAUCGACAACGUGAAGGCCAAGAUCCAGGACAAGGAAGGAAUUCCCCCAGACCAACAGAGAUUGAUCUUCGCCGGAAAACAGCUAGAAGACGGCAGAACCCUCGCCGACUACAACAUCCAGAAGGAAUCAACCCUCCAUUUGGUCCUCCGUCUCCGUGGUGGUAUGCAGAUUUUCGUGAAGACAUUGACAGGGAAGACGAUUACUUUGGAGGUGGAGAGCUCCGACACCAUUGACAACGUGAAGGCGAAGAUCCAGGACAAGGAGGGGAUCCCACCAGACCAGCAGAGGUUGAUCUUCGCCGGAAAACAACUUGAAGACGGCCGGACUUUGGCGGAUUACAACAUCCAGAAGGAGUCGACGCUUCACCUUGUGUUGAGGCUGAGGGGAGGGAUGCAGAUUUUCGUGAAGACAUUGACAGGGAAGACGAUUACUUUGGAGGUGGAGAGUUCUGACACGAUUGAUAAUGUGAAGGCGAAGAUUCAGGACAAGGAGGGGAUCCCACCGGACCAACAGCGGUUGAUCUUCGCCGGAAAGCAGCUGGAGGAUGGGCGGACUUUGGCGGAUUAUAAUAUCCAGAAGGAGUCGACUCUUCAUCUUGUCCUUCGUCUUCGUGGUGGAAAUUGAAGGUUUGGUUUGGUGGUGUUAUGAAGGUUGUUGAUGAAUGAAUUUGUGUAUGUUUGAAUGUUUGUGUUGUGAUUGAAACUCUGGUUUGAUGGUUUGAAGUGAAUAAUUGUUGAAUAAAAAAACUUUGGUUUUCUGUGAAA